AUGACGCUUAAAGAAUUCUUUUAUAAGCUGGUUAAUAAUGAAAUUUCGCCAGAUACAUUAGUUAAUGUGGGUGAUUUUGAGCAAAUAAAAUGUAUUGAUUUAAGUAAAUCAAUUAAUCCACCGAUGAAUACAACACAAACAAGUCCUGAUUGUAAAAUUAUCGAACUCACCAGCAAGUUUGGAAAGAAUGUCCAUUAUCAUCUUCAUAAUGAUGGAGUGCAAUAUAGCAAUUUAGAUAAAUAUGAUAAAUACAAAAACGGGUUUGAUAUCAUUAUGCAAUCUUCUCAAAACAAACAAUUCUACGUACCAAAUUUUUCAUAUUCAUCAAAAUCAAACCGUAAGCAGUUACUACGUCACGAUAUUGUUAAAUUAAUUCAGAAUCAUAAAAUUGGCUGGUCGACACAAGAAUCAGCAAAUAAUGAAGGAAAACAGUUCAUAAUUUCUUUAUCAGAAGCUCUUUGGUACAUAGAUAUGUGUGAUUAUACCAAAUUAAAAGAACGAGGUUAUGAUUUACCUACACUGUUUCAUGAAUUUCUCGGUCGUGCAAACCCCGAAUCAUAUAAAGCUACAAGAAAACAAUUUGAUAUAAACGAGCUAGAUAUUCAUUGUCAAUCACUUAUCCCUUACCUUUCAUCAUCAUGGAUACGAUCCUCUAACUUUAGCUGGUUAUACACUGCACUCAAUGACCUUGUAAUUACGAUUUCCAAUUAUACAAAAUACUUAUGUAAGCAGCGGGAUGUAAUAACUUCAAAUCAUACAAAGGAAACACCUGUUCGAAGUAUAGAAAAAGCUACAUCAGUAAAUAUAUAUAAAAAACAUCUACCAAAAGAACCAAUGCAAUGCUUACAUUUUAUUCAAGGCCUCUCACAGGUGUUUACUUUUAAGAUCAGAGAAUACUGUUAUAGUUCUGGGAAUAAUGCUUACAAUGUUAUAUCAAUUUGGAAAAUUGAUGAAAAUGCUACUCAGUCAAAAAUUGUGCAAGAAAUGACGCGCAUUACAAGAGAGUUACAGAAUGAAGCAUCUCUAUACCAUACACAUAUCAUGCGAGCUAAUUUCAUGUGCACCUGUGAUUUGCUGUUGCCUAUGGUUAAACCAGCUCCAUUACGAACAAUUUAUCGUAUGCUAACAGGAGAUAUGUCGGCUGCUGAAUCUGCAAAUGAAAAAAAGGAACAUAAUGAGGGAAGACCAGAAAAAUAUAAUGCUUUUUGGGAAGCAGCAGCCCGUUUUCUCUCAGGGAAAGCAGCAGAUCUAGUAACCGCAGUUGACGAAUGA